UAUGUGAUAUGACAUGACCAUGAAAAGCGAUCAUUUUGGAUAAAACUUGGGUUCUAGAAUAGUGAUGAAGAUGGAUGGGAUUUUGAGCUUUGAAGGAAUGUGGUUUCAAACAGCAGCUGCCAUUGUUGGUGUUGGGCUAUCCACUCUCAUUUUUAUCAUCACUAGAUAUGUACAUGCUUCCAAGAAGACAACUUCUGGCCUCCCUUCUCCACCUGAGAUACCAGGGCUGCCUGUGUUAGGAAACCUGCUGCAAAUGAAGGAGAAGAAACCACACAAGACUUUCGCGAAAUGGGCUGACGAAUAUGGCCCUGUUUAUUCAAUCAGAACAGGUUCCAUCAAACUUGUCGUCCUCAACUCCAGUGACGUCGCCAAGGAGGCGAUGGUGACAAGAUACUCAUCGAUCUCAACAAGAAAGAUGUCUAAUGCCAUUAAGAUCCUUGGUUGUGAUAAAAGCAUAGUUGCGUUGACUGAUUACGGUGAAUUUCAUAGAACAGUUAAACGGCAUAUCCUCACUAGCACUUUGGGAACCAAUGCUCAGAGGCGGCACCAAAUUCACCGGGAUACCUUGUUAGGGAAUGUUUUAGAGAAGUUCCAGGCUCAUGAGAAAGAGAAGCCUCAUGAAGCUAUAGAUUUCCGGGAAGUGUUCCACACCGAGCUUUUUGGAUUGUCGCUUAAAGAGGCUCUUGGUGAUGAUGUGGAGUCUGUAUAUGUGGAGGAGCUAGGAACCAGUUUUUCAAAGAAAGAUAUGUACGAAAUCUUGGUGGUCGACCCCAUGAAAGGCGCCAUUGAGGUUGAUUGGAGAGACUUCUUCCCGUAUCUAAAAUGGAUUCCUAAUAAAAGCUUCGAGAGAAAAAUUCAGCAAAUGCAUAUGCGGAGGCAAGCUGCGAUGACUGCUCUCAUUAACCAACAGAAGAAACGAAUUUCUAGUGGGAAGGAACGAAACUGUUACCUGGACUACUUGUUGGUAGAAGGAAACUCGUUAACUGAACAACAAAUUCUGAUGCUGUUGUGGGAAGUCAUAAUUGAAUCAUCCGACACUACUUUGGUGGCGACUGAAUGGGCCUUGUAUGAACUCGCCAAAGAUCCUCAACGACAGGCUCGUCUCUUUGAGGAAAUCCAAACUGUUUGUGGAACUGAGGAAGUAACGGAGACGAACUUGAGCCAACUUCCUUAUCUGUCUGCUGUUUUCCAAGAAACUUUGCGAAAGCAUAGCCCUGCUCCUAUAGUUCCUCUGAGGUAUGUUCAUGAAGACACUCAAAUAGGAGGCUACGACAUCCCAGCAGGGACUGAGAUUGCUAUAAAUUUGUACGGAUGUAACAUGAACAAAGAUUCUUGGGAGAGUCCUGACGAGUGGAAGCCGGAGAGAUUUCUUGAUGAGAAAUACGAUACAAAUGAUCUAUUCAAGACCAUGGCCUUUGGAGGUGGGAAAAGGCAGUGUGCAGGUGCUCUCCAAGCCAUGCUUAUUUCUUGCACAGCCAUUGGGAGAUUGGUGCAGAAGUAUGAAUGGAGUCUCAAGGAUGGUGAAGAAGAAAACGUCGAUACGCUGGGUCUCACGACACACAGACUUCAUCCCCUGCAAGCAAUGAUAAAGCCAAGAAACUGAGAUUGUUGUCACUGGAGUUGAGUGAUCAUUAUCAAUUUAUCAUGUGGUUAGAAACUAGUAGUACUAUGUUUUAUUAAAGCAUCAGCAGCUGCAAAACUCCAUCUUAUGUUACAAAUAUAUAGUAUGUUGUUUAGAAA